GUCUGGCCCGGACCCCGGCCGGCCCCGCCCCCUCGGGUCGGAACUACGGUGGGCCUGGGGGGCGUCGAGCCCAUUCGUGCUGUAUCCCUCCGCCCCCUUCCCGACACCCUCGCUGCCAGCGCUUCUGUCGCAGCCUGCGCAGCCCCUGCCGGUUUGGUGCAGCGGCGCGGGGGCGGGACGCCUCUUUGCAGUUCCGCGCUCACGGGAGGCGGUGGGAUCUGCGUGAGCAGCUCUGAGAGGCGGGGAGGACGACCACCGGGCCCCGAGCCUGGAAAGGCAAGUGGGGGGCGCGGGGCGGCCCCACUCCCACCCGCUUACAGCCCGCGCCGCGACCCUGGCAUCCUGGCGAGGAGGAGGCGAGCCGGGCUGUCGGAGCCGGUCCCCGAGAGCGGAGCGCAGCGCCGGGGACCCCGGCGAGGAGGCGGCGCGGGCCGGCCCAAGGCGCAGGGGCCGGAGGGGCUCCCGGGCGUCUGCGGAGGCGAAGCACGCGCGCUGCUCCCCAGCCGGCUCUCCCGGCGCCCGCGCCCCGCCUUCGAGGUCCGGCGGUUUCAGGCUGCAGGGUGCAUCUCUAGAGGAGCGGCUUGAGAAAGUUGGAGCAGGAAAAUAGCCUGGAUCUGGAGAAUAUGCGGGAGCCCUUCCCCCAAUUUAUGCUGCGCAAGGCAAAGGGAUGUGGUGCACCUAGUGGUGAAUCCUCAGAAUUGGAGAAGGGAGCAAUGGGAAGACUGUGACGUCAAGAAAAUAUGUCGUUAUCUGGAAUCCUGAAACAGAGAGACUGGAUAAAAACGAGAGUAUUCGACCAGGAAGACCCUAAAUAUUGAAAGACAAAUAACCUGUGGACUUCCAUCAUUGGUGUUGGACUCCCAUCAAGUGCUCAGUUGCUACCAUGGUCUCCUGACUGUCUUAUCUUUUUGUCUGUCUGUCCAUAGGCUUGCUUUAAGGCUGGUCACUUUCUGCAAGGAAGGAAAUAGAGGAAGAGAUUGGCUCAGUUCUCUGCAGGACAGCCUGCUAUCUGCUCUACAGCUGAAUACCACUGGAACAGAGCAAGGGAGGGGAUAUUGCACCACAUCAGAGCAGAUUCACCUCUAGUGGCAGCUCUGGUGGUGUUGGAAUUGCUGCUGACCACCACCCUCAACGGCUCCGCCCCCACCUGGGAACCAUCUGUUCUCCCCCAGCUUGGUUGUGCCUCUUCUGCACCCUGUCUAUAAUAUUGGUUGUGGCUCGUCUUGGGAAGGAGGCUUAUUGACUGCUGGACUGGUGAUUGACUCUAACUCUUAUUUCUAACUGUAUCGUCUGAAUCACCGAAGGAUCAGAGUGUGAAGAUAGAGACUGUGACACAUCUGUGGUAGAGGCUCAGACUGUGCUACUGAUAUUUUAACUGUGUCUUUUCUGUAACGGGUACUAUGACUGGGGCUGAGGUUGAACCUAGUGCCCAGGCCAAGCCUGAAAAGAAGGCUGGAGAAGAGGUUGGGGGUGGGACUGAGAGAGAGAAUGAUGUCCAGAUGGUGGUCAGACCCAAGGUUAGGACCCAGACCCAGGCAAUGCCUGGGGCAAGGCCCAAAACUGAGUCAAAGGCUAUGAAUGGGGCAAGACCCAAAACUGAGUCAAAGGCUAUGAAUGGGGCAAGGCCCAAAACUGAGUCCCAAGCAAUGUCUGGGGCAAGACGCAAAACUGAACCACAGGCAGUGGUUGGGGCAAGGCCCAAAACUGAGGCCAGGGCAGUAGGCGGGGCACGUCCUAAAACUGAGGCCAAGGCAAUCCCUGGGGCAAGGCCCAAGGAUGAAGCCCAGGCUUGGGCUCAGGCUGAAUUUGGAGCUGAAGCAAUGUCCCAAACAGAGGGCAUGCCCCAAACCAAUGCAGCAGCUUGGCCACUGGUCAGUACUGAGUCUGGAUCAGUUGCUAAACCCAUAGCCCUAUCUGUAGAUAGGGAACUGGUAAAUGUGGACCCUGAGACCUUUUCUGGCUCCCAGGGUCAGUCAGGAAUUCAACCCUGGUUUGGAUCAGGGGAGGAAACUAAUAUGGGGUCUUGGUGCUAUCCCAGGCCCAGGGCCAGAGAGGAAGCGUCUAAUGAAUCUGGAUUCUGGUCAGCAGAUGAGACCUCUACGAUGUCUUCUCUCUGGGCUGGAGAAGAGGCCACUAUCAGAUCAUGGCCCAGGGAAGAGGCCAGUACCAGGUCCAGGCACAGGGCUAAACAUCAGCCUAACCCCAGGUCUAGGCCCAGAUCCAAGCAAGAACCCUAUGUUGAUUCCUGGUCUGGGUCUGAGGAGGAGUCUGGCAACCCAUUCUGCUUGUGGCCUGGAGAAAAUGCCAAUAACUUGUUCAGACCCAGAGUCAGGGAUGAGGCAAAUGCUAAGUCCAAACCCAGGACAAAGAAAGAGGACUUUUUUGAAUCUGAGUCUGAAGAUGAGUACUAUAAUGAGUCUUGGUUUUUGCCUGAAGAGAUCAUUAAUAGGUUCAGGCCCAGAGAUAAGGAGGAGCCUAAUACUGUCUUGAAGCCCAGGGCCCAGAAAGAUAAUAACAGUGAUAGGGUCAAGCAUGAGCCCAAGUUUGAGGAGGAUGUCAUCAUUGGGUCCUGGUUCUGGGCAGAGAAAGAGGCUGGUGUGGAGGCUGGGGCUUCAGCCAUCUGUGAGUCCAUGCCAGGGGCUGAGGAGGGGGCCAUUGGUGGAUCCUUGUUCUGGACAGAGGAAAAGUCCAGUUUGGGGGCUGUGGCCAGAGAAGAGACCAGGCAGGAGUCUGAAGAAGAGGCCAUAUUUGGGUCCUGGUUCUGGGAUAGGGAUGAGGCUUGCUUUGACCUAAAUCCUAAUCCUGUGUACAGGGCUAGUUCCAGGUUCAGAGAUUUAGCUGAAGAGGGAAUUAAUACAGCAUCCAGGCCUCGAACCUGGGAAGAGGUCACUGUUGAAUACAAAUCUGGCCCUUACAGGAUUGGCUUCCCAUCCCCAAGCUCCUUUAGAAUUCCCGAAGAUGCAUCCUCUGCAUUCGCUGAACUGUUUGUGGGAAAGCCCAAUGCGGAAGGGGAAGAUGAGGAAUCUUCCCCUCAGGCCGAUCAGCUCACAUUGGAGUGUGAACCCUCCUACCGGUCAGUCCGGGAAAUUAGAGAGCAUCUUAGGACCAGGGAGAGUGCGGAGCCUGAGAGUUGGUCUUGCAGCUGCAUACAAUGUGAACUUAAAAUUGGUUCUGGAGAGUUUGAGGAACUCCUCCUGUUAAUGGAAAAGGUUCGAGAUCCUUUUAUUCAGGAAAUAUAUAAAAUUGCAAUGGGUACGAGAAGUGCUUCUCAGUUUACCCGAGAUUUCAUUCGGGAUUCAGGUGUUGUCUCACUUAUUGAAACAUUGCUUGAUUAUCCCACCUCCCGAGUUAGGACAAGAUUUUUGGAAAAUAUGAUUCUCAUGGCUCCACCUUAUCCACAUCUAAACAUGAUUGAAACAUUCAUAUGUCAAGUGUGUGAGGAAACCUUUGCACAAGGCUUGGAUUCCCCUGAGCAACUUCUUGGAUUAAGGCUGCUUAGACACCUCACUAUGACUAAUGACUAUCACACACUGGUUGCCAAUUUUAUGUCUGAGUUUCUUUCUCUGUUAGUCACAGGAGAUGCAACAACAAAGUUUUAUGUUCUGAAAAUGCUGUUGAACAUGUCUGAAAAUCCUGUGGUGGCAAAAACUCUAUUCAGUACCAAAGCUCUGUCGGUAUUUGUGGGUCUCUUUACCUUACAAGAGUCACAUGAUAAUAUUCAAAUUGUUAUUAAAAUGUUUCAGAAUAUCAAUACUAUUAUGAGAAAUGGAAAAGCAGCCUUAAUUGAUGAUGAUUUCAGUCCUGUGCCGUUUAUGUCUGCAUUCCACGAAUUUGAGAAGCUAGCUAAGGCACUACAAACCCAAAUAGACAAUCAAAACGAUCCUGAUGGAGGACAACCAAACUAAUAAGAUUAACCAUCUGUCUCAUCAGCCUUGUGUUCCCAAAGAGCCCCGAGUAGUGCUUUGGUUUUCACCGUCUGGUUUUGUGUUGUAAUUUAUAUUUUUAAUGCUGAUGUUAACUUUGUCCAGUUCUUGGCUUGAGCUGGAUCAUUUUCUGGAUGCCAAAUGAAUAUUAGAGCUGAAAACAUAUUUGUUGAUAUUUGUCUUGCUGUCCAGAUUGCAGUAUUUUUCAGUAUUGAGCUUCCAAUGAACUGAGUUGCCUAUGUAAGCUACCCUGUUGUUUGUUGUUUAAACAUAUGGUUCUCUAUUUGAGUCUGUGUUUUCAAUAAAGUUCUGUGUGAAAAUUGG